CUGUCCCCUUGGCCUAUAGCUAAAACAAAAUCGUUCAACAAUGAAAAUAUUUGGAAUAGUUUUUCUCUACUUCUAUCUAUGUCAGUCAGGCCCAGCGGACGAGCAAACGCAGCGAGUUAGGACCGGGCAGGUGGGAAGGAGCGUCUUGUUACCAUGCCUCGAAGGUCCAGUGCUCACACCGCCGUUAGUGACCAUCUGGAGAAAGUACGAAAUGAUAGUGGUCACGCACAAUCACUCUCAGCCGGUCAGCACGGGGCAUUUUUCCGUGCUGAACGAUGGAAGCUUAAAAAUCAAUGGCCUGAUGACUAUUGACCAGGGCGUAUAUCGGUGUGAAACCCAGCCAGACAGUGGUCCUGCUUAUGGGAGUAUUCUGCUACAGAUUGCUGGUGGGCUGGACGCUGUGGAAAUGGACAUCAAACCAGCAAAAUCCUUACCCAAUGGAACACUGUUCAUACACAAAGGCACCAAUGUUUCUUUUAACUGUUCAAGCAAGUCUUACCCCUCGCAGAGCCUUACAUGGACGUUUGAAGAUUUAAUUAAUAAAGAUGACAGGAUAGCAUUUGGAAAUGGGUCAUCACUGCACUUCAUGAUCUCCAACCUUCAGCCAAGUCAACAAGGGAACUACACCUGCAGAGCCCAGAACAGCCUCUCCAACAGUACAGCAAUGAAGAGACAGGAACUACUAGUCUACUAUUCUCCAGAGACACACCCAGACUGCAGUUGGGCCCUGAUCAGUCAGCCUAACCUGGUCCACUUCAACUGCAGCUGGUAUGGGGGCUAUCCUGCCCCCAAGCUCCAGGUGUUCCUGGGCCAUAGAACAGAUGGAAUGCGCACAAUCACCUCCUUAGAGGACACGGAGAAUUUAGAGGUGACCCUAAACAGGACCAUGCUGUAUGAGGGACAGAAGAUAAAAUGUGUGGCACAACACAUUGUACAAAGGUCCAGUGAAGAGAAAUCCUGCUCCUUCACACUCACGGCCCCUUACCCAGAGGGAGAUCCUCUGGUGGCUGCUCUGGAGGGCAGUAAUAUCACAUUAAAAUGCUCCGAGGCCAGCUCUCUCCCUCCUGCUGUGACUGUAUGGCAGCGAGGGGAGAUUCACGAGUCCAUAGUCCCCAGCUCUAAGUAUAUCCUGGCUGGAAGAGGUCCUUUGUACACCCUCACCAUAGUCAAUGUGACGAAGGAGGAUGAAGGAUUAUAUUUCUGCUGGAGUGAAAACGCUCUGACUGCGAAGGAGCUGGAGGUCUUCCUCACUGUCAGAUCCUCUGCAGAUAAUUCUGGGGCAGUGGUCGGCGUCUUCAUCUCCGUUUUGAUUGUGGUGGCUGGGAUAACUUUGGGCUUGCUGGCAUACUCCCACCGAGACAGAAUAUGUCUGGGUUUUCGAUUUGGUCGUUUAGAAGAGGACAGGACAGACGUCAUGAGUCUUGUCGAGUCAGACGAAGAAGAGGUUUUUGACGAAACCAUUCCCAGACUCCCUCCUCUAAGUAACGGCCAGGUUCCUAUACCCGCAACUACACUCGUAGAAAUUCACCAGAUCCAGUCCAGUGAUCAUGAAGAUAAUGUGAAUGACACAGACCAAGCAGACGAAUACCAGAUACCACCAGAGUAAGGGGGUGGCUCAGUGGACAUUAGUGAUUGUACAGAACCUUUUUUUAGGGAUCCAAUGUGAUGGCUUUUUUAAAGUUCAGGGAAUAUACAUUGAAGUUUUAACUAAUACUGUGCUUGCAUGUGUGUCUUUUAUA